GUAUUCACCUCCCAAACAUGAAAAAAUCAUCAUCUGUGGUUAGGGUUUCCAUGGCUUUACAAAACAAACCUGUUUCUUCUCCCUUGGGACCCAACCACAUCAAACGCAUCCAAAGACCCAAAAUGUUAAGCCUUCUUGUGACCGCCAAAACGGCACGAUAGCCACCUCGUCCUAUCAAAAAGAGGACUCACAAGAGGUUCUCUCGGAAGCAGAAAAAUCUGAGGGUUUGGAGCUUGAACCAUAAUGCCUCAAUGAGGAUUAUGGAGCAUGCACCAGCCAAUCGUUCUCCCCAUCAUGGGUCAAAUGCUGCUACAUCGAAAGUAAUGCAGCAAAUGAACGAGGGCGUGGCAUUCGUCCAAGCACUGAAAGCAAACAAUGAUGGUGCUGCAGAUGGGAAUGAGGGUCUUGUCGUUGAGCAAGAUGUGAGGCAGCAUGAAGUGGAGGAAGAAGGCGUUGUAAAUUCACACACAAUAAUUGUGAAGAGUAGACAACAAUAUGACCUUGGAGUUGUUUAUGAGGUAAGGGAUGAUGAAACAUUUGAAGCCAUUUAUGGUGAUUAUGCUUCCCGUGUGGAUCUUUCAACCACGGAGAUUGUUCUGAAGAAAUUUGGCAUGGUAAUUGCACCUACGGCUACCGUUUCUAGUGCAAGAAUACGUACAGGAGACAUAAUUUAUGUCAGUGGAGUGGAUCCUUCGAAGAACAUGAACACCAAGUUUAAGUUCUUCUACAUCAGGAACACUUGUACUCCUCCGACUGAGUUGAGGGUGUAUGGGAAGCUGACUUCUAAGUUAUGGAGAUUGUUUGACAAAUGGGCUGCUGAGGUGAACAAAGACCCGAAUUGCUUGAAGUUAAUGCAUCAGGAUUUGGAAUUGAAACGCGAUAAGAUCAUUGGACAAUCUGGGAUUAAGAACUCAGACUAUGUUUAUGCUUUCCCAGAAUUCUAAGUGGUUCGUUUAAGUAGUUAUUGGUGGGCAAUUAGUUUAAGGUUUGUGUUAUGUAUGGGUCCAUUCUAUUUUGGCCCAAAAGGUUUCCACAUUGUUUUGGGCAAUCUUUUUUUUGGAUUAGUUGAUGUACUGGAAACCUUUUAAUCCCUUUUUUUUUUUAUAAAGAUUACUAAUGUAAUGCCACCUCACUACUUUAACUGUUAUUAUGCAGAAUGUUUUAGACUUUAUUGGUAAUUUAUGCGUGUAUGCUUAUUAAAUAUUUAUAUAAAAAAAAUAUAAGUUAAGAAAUAUCAUUUCAUAACUAAAUUGAUCGACUAAUUCGAUUGAAACUUAUGAAAGUUAUGACAAUAAUAACAUUAAAAUUAUUAAACAAAAAGUGCAAGA